CUGAAGCUCUGAGAUGUGCAGUAGUCUUCUGCGGUAAUGCAGAGGGUCUCAAGGAUGUCACAGUGAAGGCUUCUCACCAAGUUUUAGGACGGUUUGCUAAACCUUAACAUAAGAAUAUAGCUACGACUAGUAUGUUGCAACAGCACUGACAAUUAAAGUAAAAUAAAAAGGUUUGAGAAACGUGGCAGGCACAGGAAGAACCAGCCACUGCCAUUCACUGCGGACCAUGGCUCCAUCACGCGUAAAGAGUUCCCAUUGUGUCCAAAAAGCUGGAAUAACAUGGCUGUUUGUAAGCUGGUUGCUUGCUAUGCAGAUCAUCAAUACCUAUGGACAAGAUGAUUUAGAAGAACAAUCAGGUGAUUAUGGGUACGAGGAGGAGAUAUAUUCACAAGAGCAUGAAUAUGGAAGUACUCCCUACAAUGGCUAUGGGUCAGAGGAUGACUACUUGAUUACAUCGACAGAUAUUCCUUCUAGCACAGAUGUACCAGAAGGGAAUUAUGAGGAAGAAGUUACAUUUUCUGGGUAUGAUCCUGACACACAGAUUGAGACAGAGGAAGAGAAUCCAUCUCCUACGGAAUCAUUUUUUGCUGCAAGAGAUGUAACUACAGUGACCACCAGAUUUCCAUAUCAUCGUCAAACUACUCCAAGAGAAAAUGAGGAUAUUAUUCCUGCCCCAGAACUUUCACGUGAUUAUGAAGUGACAAACUUGAUUGAAGAAUUUAGUGUUUCCAGUACUUCUGGAAUAAGAAGCGUUACAGGAUCACAGACUCACUUGAAGGCAUUUCAAAUAGGAGGAAGAAUGCAAAUUCGCAAACAAUCAAGGCUGAUCUUCCCCUAUGGUUUCCCACAGCAGUUCUCACUAGUUUCCACCUUCAGAAUGAGGGAGAAGACAGCUGAACAGGUGUGGAACCUAUGGGAAGUACAGGCACAGAAUGGAGCUGAGCAAUUUAGAUUGCGUCUCUAUGGAGAAAGCAAUGCAGUGGAUAUAUACAGCAUAGCAGCCUCAGGUAGUCAAAAAGUAACAACCUUUGAGAAUGUGGAAAGACUGUUUGAUGGAAGAUGGCACAAACUGUCUUUGAGCGCCAGAAGAAACCUGCUAACACUGUAUGUAGACUGUCAGCAAGUUGGCUCCUCACCUGUUAACCUCUAUGGUACCAUCAGAAUGGAUGGAUUCAGCAGUCUGGCUCGACGCAUAAGGGACGGAGCGGCAGCAAAUAUCGAUAUACAACAGCUUGAAAUCUUUGAAGAUGCAGAAACCGCCACUGAAACAACAUGUUGUGAGCUGCCUGGUGUGUGUGCUGAUGCAGGCGAAUUUAAUGCGAAAGGUUGCAACUGUUUGCCCGGAGAACCUGGUUUUCAAGGAUUUCCUGGAUCCAAGGGUGAAAAGGGAACUCAAGGCUUACAAGGUCAUUAUGGAAUCCAUGGCAGACAGGGACCGAGAGGAUCAAAGGGAGGACAAGGUAGAAGAGGUGAUACAGGUCCCAGGGGUGAACCAGGUCCUGAUGGUGAAGAAGGCCCUUCUGGGUUCACAGGAGAUACUGGUUUCUUUGGACUUCCUGGACAAAAAGGAGAAGAAGGUUUACCUGGAAAGAAGGGAGAGCGUGGGUUGACAGGUCCACAAGGAGAGCCAGGAAUUAAAGGAGAACUUGGUAAUAUUGGUAAACUUGGCCGUGAUGGCAUUGAUGGUCCUCCAGGUGAGAAGGGAUCACGAGGGCCGUCCGGAAAACAGGGCCCCGAGGGACCUAAGGGAUCUAAGGGUGAUGCUGGAGCCCCUGGGUUUUUAGGUAGUCGAGGUGACAUUGGUUACCCGGGUUAUCUGGGAAUAACUGGUGAUUAUGGAGAAAAGGGCAUAAAGGGUAUAGAAGGAAGAUCGGGAGAACCUGGGUACCGAGGUACCCCUGGAAAGGAUGGAGCAGCUGGUGUUGUUGGGUUAGAAGGAUAUGGUGGAGUAAUAGGUUUAAAGGGAGACAAAGGAGAUCAAGGUCCACGUGGUCCACCAGGAAUUGAAGGCAUGCUGGGAGCUAAAGGUGCAAAGGGUGAGUCAGGGAUCCCAGGGAGACCAGGACCACAGGGACUGAAAGGUCCAAAGGGAUCGCAAGGUGAAACAGGAGACGAUGGUAUAACGGGAGACAAAGGAAGACAGGGAGUCAAAGGAAAAACUGGAGCUAAGGGUGAUUUUGGUGACACUGGAGACAAAGGAUCACGUGGAAAACGAGGCUCUCCAGGUAUAUUGGGCCCGAUUGGGAGAACAGGUGUCCCUGGAUCACCAGGACCAAGGGGUUAUCGUGGCCCAGUUGGAGAUAGUGGAGAAAGAGGUCCUCCUGGAUCUCCUGGACUUACUGGUCCUGUGGGUCCAGAUUUGUCAGAUCAAAUAGUGUAUGAGCUGUGUCGUAAGGUGGUUAUACAGAGUGUGUCCCAAUAUGCCGCCAGCAUUAGAGGGAAGUGUGCCACGGCAUGUCCGACAGCCAACGUGUCAUUAAUAGGACCGCCAGGACCUACAGGAGUACCAGGAAAAGCAGGAAAGAAGGGAAAACCAGGUGCAGCUGGGUCCAAUGGCAUCCGAGGCCCAAGAGGUCCUCUUGGUGUUUUUGGAACCAAAGGAGCUGAUGGAGACAAAGGUAACAGAGGAGAGAAAGGAAAUGUAGGAGACCCAGGAACUGGACUUCCAGGACCAGAUGGAGUUCAAGGACCGACAGGAUAUCCAGGGUACCCAGGAGUUGCCAAGGAUGGAGCAAAUGGACCUCAGGGGCCUCCGGGUUACAGUGGUCCACCAGGUCAACAGGGGCUGCCAGGUCAAGCAGGGGUUCCAGGAUUCUGUGAAGCCAGAGACUGUGGCAUCAAUGCUCCCUCGAUGUUGAGUGAACAGGGUCUUUUUUCCAAGAAACUGUUCUGAGAAAUUGCAACACAUACCUCAAAGAGAAGAUGAUAAUACAGAGUGUUUGUGGACUUUGAUGGACUGACACCUGAAGAUGAAAUCUGUAGA